AGGCUGAUGGUGAAGCAGGGAGAAUCUUGCAGCUGUCCAAAAAGGACCCCCAUCAAUAAACUGCUUUAUGCCACUCCUGAGAAGAUGUGUGCGAGUGGCAGAUUGAUCAGUGGCCUUCAGAACCUGUAUGAGAGAGGUCUUCUGGCACGCUUUGUCAUUGAGGCUCACUGUCAGUUAGUGGGGCCAUGACUUCCGGCCAGACUUCAAGUGGAUGCAUGAGCUGCGGAAAAAGUGCCCCACAUGGCUCUAAUGGCCACAGCCACCCCCCGCGUCCAGAAGGACAUCCUCAACCAGCUGCAGAUGGCCAGACUUCAGGUAUUUACUAUCAGUUUCAACAGAAACAACCUCAAGUAUGCUGUGCUACCCAAGAAACCCAAGAAGGUGAUUCAGGCAUUGUGUACUGUCUGUCCCGUAAUGACUGACACCAUGGCUGACAGUCUUCAGAGGGCUGGUAUACUAGAGCUAGAUUACCACGCGGGCCCUCAAUGACAAAGACAGAGAAUAUGUGCAUACCAAGUGGAUCAAUCCGGAUGCCUGCCAGGUGAGGUAAUCUCAACAUAUGUUAACAUCACUAACAACCUUCUACUAACUUCAUGAAGAGGUUAAUGUUGUAUCACUGUCCACCUGGUCAUGUGUGCCACCUUUGCCUUUGGCAUAGACAUCGACCGGUUUGAUGUUCGCUAUGUGAUCCACGCCAGUCUCCAAGUCAGUGGAGGGCUACUACCAGGAGUCAGGCAGAGUAGCCAGGGACGGAGAGAUCUCUCACUGCAUCCUCUUCUACUCCUACUCUGACAUCAUUCGCAUCGAGAGGUUCAUUUUAUAGAUUUUUUUACUUACCGUAAUUUCCGGACUAUUAAGCGCACCCACUGAAUUUAAGCCGCACCCACAUA